AUGGCUCCCAUGCAGUCAGACGAGCAUCCGGCGGCAAGCAUCGGCCGCGUGCAGUCCUUCUUAGGCUGUGGUUACUGCACCGAGGCUUUUCCGGACAAGGCCCAGCUGCAGGUCCACAUAAAAAUGGUCCACGAAGGCAUGGAGUUCCAGAGUGUUCCUGCGCCCUUGCCGUCUAGGGAGGAACGCCUGCUACACAAAGCGCCAGCGGCUGCCAUUUCAUCCGGGAUCCCGCUUUCGGAGGUCAAUCGCCACUGCAUCCCGGAGGAUUGCUGGGUGUCGCUGAAUGGCAAAGUGUACGACCUUUCUGAGUUCAUGGAUCGCCAUCCGGGUGGCCCUACCACGAUUCUGGCCUGGGCAGGAAAGGACGCCAGCAAGUUUUUCAAUGACAUCCACAAAGGAGUGAAAAUUGAGCAGUACUUGAGGCCGGAAUCCUUCUUGGGCAGUUUGGGCGUCGACGAUAAUCUGAUGUCCGAGUCUUUCUGGCACACACUUCGAGAAGCGCGUGUCGUAGAACUGAGGGAAGAGCUUGAGCGCGUGCUGAGCCAAGUCUCCGGUCCGGGCAGCAAGGCAGACAGCAUCCAACGUCUGCUGCAGGACAAGAGCCUGGACCCAGUGCUGAAGAGCAAACUUCAACGGCUGGAGACACAGAAGCGCGUAGCUUUGGAUGCGGAGGAUUACAUCAAGGCCGCGGAGAUCAAGCAGUCCAUGGUGGCACUUCUUUCAGAGGAUGAUCACGCGCAUCUUCAUUCUGUACCUUUGUCUGGAAAGAACCUCGGAGGCGGCAUUCCGCUGUCGGAAGUGGCCCAUCACAACAAGCCACAUGACUGUUGGGUGGCCCUGAAUGGUGCCGUGUACGACUUGACCGAAUUCCUCCUGCACCACCCGGAGCAGCGAAAUGCCAUUCUGGCAUGGGCUGGCCGCGAUGCCACGCCGAUGUGGAACAAGAUUCCUGGCCGGUUUCCGAGUGCCAACUGGAUGGAAUUUUACAUGCGCCCAGAGUCGCGGAUGGGAGACAUUGGUGAUGAGCCCGUGGUUGAUCCCACCAUUGAGCAGUUGCGCCAGUUGCAAGAUGAGCUGCGAAAGCUCGAAGGCCCGUCGAAGGAAGACAUUGAGGCAGCCAGGUCUGCGGCUCAAGGGAGGGCCCCUAGCAAGGACGUUCCAACAUUGGGAGAGGAGUCCCGGUUCCCGAAGCUUCUUGAAAUUUCAGCAGGUCGCGACUUACCCUUCUUCUCGCGUGCAGAGGUCGCGAAGCACACUACGGCAGCAGAGCCCUUCAUGAUAAUCCACAAUCGUGUCUACAACGUGACGUCGCUCCUCGGUAGCCACCCCGGGGGCGACGACAUCUUGCUCUCGAAGGCAGGCACUGAUGUCACCAAGGACUUCGAGGUCUUCGAACAUUCCGAAAAGGCGCGAGUCCAGCGCGAUCGUGACAUGCUCGUUGGCCAGCUGGUCCCGGCAGAAAGUGCCGACUGGAACGCUGCGUCGGCCGUUGCCCCGGUGAGCGAGGCGCCUGGGAGAGAUGCCCUGCGCUACAUGAAGCACAAAGCCUUCGACGCCGUCAUCGCCGCUGUCGGCUGGUAUCUCUACAAGACCCUUCAGAACCGAAAGGCGCUUUCACAGUUCACCUACAGCCGCGCUUUGCGACACCUGCACCUCAUCAUGGCUGUGGGCAUUUUCGGUGCAGUAGGAACAGCACAAGCAGCCUCCAGAGCAGAAGGGCAAAACCGAAAGCAGCUGCUUUGGUGGCACAAGCAGACGGGCAUUGCCAUGCUAGUGGCUCUCUUUUUUCGUGCCUUCUUCCGACUCCGCAGCGGCAUCCCGCCACGUUUCCCCGGCCACCCCAUUGUGCAGAUGAUCGAGACCCAGAGUCUUCGGGCCUUCUAUGCCUUGGCUUUGUUGCUUCCCGUGUCUGGCAUCGCGAACGAGUAUUUCCUGAAGUGGGCUCCAGGAUGCGAACAGGCAGGGAAGGAAGAAGAUGAUCGGAGCAACGAACGACUCGCCAAGAAGUCCAUCGACACUCACAAGGUUCUCGGCAGGCUGUUGCAGUACAUGUGGCUUCCCUUCCACCUGGGGUACACGACAAUGUACCACUACAGCCAGGGACGAGGCGUUGUGAGGAAGGUUUCGCCCUUCAUCUGA